AUGUUCACUAUCCCUUGUAAGAUUGAAAAUACGUCGAUCAGGAAGACCAUGUUGGAUUUAGGGGCGUCAAUCAAUCUGAUGCUAAAAAUCAUUUAUACGUCCCUAAAUCUUGGGCUCUUAAAAGAAACAGCUAUCAUAAUCCAACUAACCGACCGCACCAAUUCCUACCCAGAGGGGCUAGUUGAGGAUGUCUUGGUUCAGGUAAGUGAAUUAGUCUUCCCUGCAGAUUUCUAUAUCCUGGAUAUGGGAGAUAAGAGGUCGUUAAAUCCGUCACCUAUCUUGUUAGGUAAAUCGUUUCUUAGCACUGUCAGGACUAAAAUAGAUGUGAAUGAUGGUACUUUAUCAAUGGAGUUCGAUGGUGAAACUGUGAAUUUUAAUAUUUUUGAGGUGAUGAAUUAUCCAGAGGAAUCUAACUCAGUUUUUACUUUGAGUGUUAUUGAGCCUCUUGUGCAGGAAACUUUCGAACUGGAUGGCGAAGACGCACUAGAGGUGGCGUUGGCCAAGCAUCUCGAGUUGGGUGCAACCCCUAAUGCGGACAUGAGGGUUGAGUUACACCAUGCAGUUGGAACCCUGCACUCAAUUUCAACUGUUUCUCCGAAGUAUGAGCUUACUUCCCUUUUUGUGCCAGAAAUUCAGAAAAAGUUACUUCCUUCAGUUGUGCAGGCACCGGAGUUGGAGUUUAAGCCUCUCCCAAAACAUCUAAAGUACGCAUUCCUAGGAGACCGGGAGACGCUUCCGGUAAUCAUCUCUGUACAUUUGUAUCCAAGUCAGGAGGACAAACUGGUGCGAAUCCUUAGGGAGUAUAAGGAGGCAAUUGGGUGGAGUAUAGCAGAUAUUAAGGGAAUAAGUCCAUCCCUAUGCAUGCACCGGAUUCGACUCGAAGAUGGUGCGAAACCGGUAAGACAGGGGCAACGGAGGUUGAAUCCCCUGAUGAUGGAAGUUGUGAAAAAGGAGAUACUUAAACUCCUCGAGGUAGGGAUUAUAUUUGCUAUAUCGGACAGCCCGUGGGUGAGUCCUGUCCAAGUGGUCCCGAAGAAGGCGGGAGUGACCGUAGAGGAAAAUCAGGAGGGUGUUAUGGUCCCGAUGGUAAAACGAUUAGCCAGUCGUGUUUACUAUUGUUUCUUGGAUGGAUUUUCAGGUUACUUUCAGAUCGCGAUAGCACUAGAGAACCAGGAAAAGACUACAUUCACAUGCCCAUUUGAUACAUUCGCUUACCGUCGGAUGCUUUCGGUCUCUGCAACGCUCCUGCAACUUUUCAAAGGAUUUUAUAGGAGGUUUAUCAAAGACUUUUCAACGAUAGGAGCACCCCUGUUUAAGUUGCUACAGAAGGACAUGCUAUUUGAUUUUAUUGGUGAAUGCAAGGUAGCCUUUGAUAAGCUGAAGGAGUUAUUGACAUCGCCGCCCAUCGUUCAACCACCAAAUUGGAGCCUACCAUUUGAAAUUAUGUGCGACGCAAGUGAUUAUGCCGCAGGGAUCGUGUUGGGGCAAAGAAUUAGAAAAGCGCCACACGCAAUCUACUAUGCAUCGAGAGCAUUGAACGGAGCCCAACUCAACUACUCCACGACUGAGAAAGAAUUAUUAGCCGUUAUUUUUGUACUAGAAAAAUUUAGGUCAUAUUUAUUAAGUGUGAAAGUAAUUAUUUUCUCUGAUCAUGCAGCCUUGAGGUACUUGUUGGCGAAGAAGAAUGCAAAAUCGAGACUCAUUAGGUGGAUCCUGCUCCUGCAGGAAUUCGAUUUAGAGAUCAAGGAUAAGUGUGGAGUCGAGAACUUAGUGGCCAAUCAUUUGAGCCGAUUGCUCACGAAUAAGGAAGAUCUGCCGUUGAGAGAGUCAUUUCCCGAGAAGCAAUUGCUAGCCAUUGAUUCGUCUGUACCAUGGUAUGCAGAUAUUGUAAAUUUUUUGGUAACAAAUCAAUUGCCUGCAGUUUGGCCAAAGACUAAGAGAGAUAACCUGAAGAGUGAUGCCAAACAUUAUAUUUGGGAUGACCCUUACCUGUGGAGGCAGUGCUAG